UCCCUACCCCAUGGCUUGGAGACGGAUGUGUUUGAACCCUCCACGCACGCACCCAUUGGAUUCGUCCUCCAAAUCUGUCUCCUCUUCGGAAAAUCCGAAGCUCCCAAAAGCCUGGCCGGCCCAGAUCGAGGGAACCAUCGCUCUCUCUCUCUCCCCCUCUCUCCACGCGGCUCCAAACCAAGACGGCCUCCUCCUACUUACUCCCAACGUGUCCCGCGGUGUUACAUUUCCUUCUAUUAUUUUUAACACGGUCCCGUUGCAUUGAAUAGAAUCCUUCUAGAAGCUCCCUCUCCUUUCUCUCUCCUUUUCUUCCUCCUCUCUUCUCGCUUUCACCGUCCUCUUUCUCUAUCAUCUCUAUCCCAUCUUCUUUCUCAGCAAGAUUGCAUUUAUUUCUUCACAAUCUUAAACCCUUCUCUGUCCGCGAUUCAACUUUCAAUCACAUAAAACAUCUCUCUCUCUCUCGGAGGCUCAUACGGCUUUCGCUCACCAACUUACUGCACCAGUGCCUUAACCACCCCCCAACGCCCCCUCCCUUUUAAAAAUCCCUGCUUGUUUGUUUCCUCCACUCCUUCCCUCCCUAUUUUCUAAUCUUUUAUUUCUAUUAAACCAAUUCAACCCGAAAAAAUCAUCCCUCUCUCUCUACGACUCCGCCUUUGACCUUCUCCUGGUCUUUCUUCCCUUCUCCUCCUCUUCCUCCUCUUAAUAUCUCUCUCAUCUUCAUUCGUUCUUCAAUUCCUGGCAAGUCUUAGCUCAAUACCAGAAAUCAUGGCUUCCGUCCUUCUCUAACCCUAACCGCAAGAAGCCAAAAAAAUGGCCCAGGACCGGCCUCUCUUGGACCCAUCCCCACGCCCUCCACCUGCUCCUCUCCUCCCCGAGCCCCCCAUCCGACUCGAUCCCGCCGCCCGCUCCGCCCGCGUCGACCGGAUCUCCUUCGUCGCCGACACCCCCGUCCCUCGCCGUGGCUCCCGCGCGGACUCCGACCGCCUCGCCGCUUCCCAGAGGGAGCUCUCCGACGACGACGCCCGCCUCGUCUACAUCAACGACCCCUCCAGGACCAACGAGCGCUUCGAGUUCGCCGGCAACUCUAUCCGCACCGGCAAGUACUCCGUCCUCACCUUCCUCCCCCGCAACCUCUUCGAACAAUUCCACCGCGUCGCCUACAUCUACUUCCUCGUAAUCGCCGUUCUCAACCAGCUCCCUCAGUUGGCCGUCUUCGGCCGCGGCGCCUCCGUGCUCCCCCUCGCCUUCGUUCUCCUCGUCACCGCCGUCAAGGACGCCUACGAGGACUGGCGCCGCCACCGCUCCGACCGCAUCGAGAACGGCCGCACCGCCAGCGUCCUCGCCGGCGCCGGCGCCGGCGGCCGCCAAUUCCAGCCCGUGCGCUGGAAGGAUAUCCGCGUCGGCGAGAUCAUCAGAAUCGCCGCCAAUGAGAGCAUCCCCUGCGACAUGGUCCUCCUCUUCACCAGCGACCCCACCGGCGUCGCCUACGUCCAGACCAUCAACCUCGACGGCGAGUCGAACCUUAAGACUCGGUACGCCAAGCAGGAGACGCUUUCAAAGUCCGUCGACAUGGAGGGAUUCACCGGCUUCAUCCGGUGCGAGAGGCCGAAUCGGAACAUCUACGGCUUCCAUGCUAACAUGGAAAUCGACGGAAGAAAGGUGUCUUUGGGGCCUCCAAAUAUAGUUCUCCGGGGUUGCGAGAUAAAGAACACGGCUUGGGCCGUCGGCGUGGCGGUGUAUGCCGGGACGGAGACUAAGGUUAUGCUCAAUAGCUCGGGGGCGCCGUCGAAGAGGAGCCGGCUGGAGACCCAUAUGAACAGAGAGACGCUGCUCCUCUCCGGGCUGCUAAUUACUUUGUGCUUAGUAGUGUGUGUUCUUGCCGGAGUUUGGCUGAGGAACCACAAGGAUGAGCUGGAUUACUCGCCCUAUUUUAGGAAGAGGGCCUCGCCUGAUGACGAUAGUUCUUACAACUACUAUGGAAUUGGGAUGCAGAUCUUUUUCACGCUCCUAAUGUCAGUCAUCGUGUUCCAGAUCAUGAUUCCCAUUUCUCUUUACAUAUCGAUGGAGCUGGUUCGGCUCGGGCAGGCCUAUUUCAUGAUUCGGGACGCGAGUUUGUAUGAUGAGGCCUCAAAUUCGAGGUUCCAGUGCAGGGCAUUGAACAUAAAUGAGGAUUUGGGGCAGAUUAAGUAUGUGUUCUCAGACAAAACUGGGACUUUGACGGAGAACAAGAUGGAAUUCCAGUGUGCAAGCAUUAACGGGGUCGAUUACAGUGGUGGGAAAGCUUCUUUGCCGGGAGAUGGGGAAGCGUAUUCAGUUGUAGGCGAUCAGUUCUGGAGGCCAAAACUGUUGGUGAAGACUGACCCUCAGCUAGUGAGGUUACUGAGAAGUGGAGGGGAGAGGGGGGAAGGAAUGCGUGCCCGUGAGUUCUUCCUUGCACUUGCAGCUUGCAAUACCAUUGUGCCUCUGACUGUCGAGACUCCAGACCCUAAGCGGAAGUUGAUAGAUUAUCAGGGUGAGUCUCCUGAUGAGGUGGCACUGGUUUAUGCAGCUGCUGCAUACGGCUUUGUGCUUGUCGAACGGACCUCUGGGCACAUAGUCAUUGAUGUUCUUGGGGAAAGGCUGAGAUUUGAUGUGUUGGGCCUCCAUGAAUUUGAUAGUGACCGCAAGAGGAUGUCGGUUAUCAUUGGCUGUCCUGAUAAGACAGUAAAACUAUUUGUGAAAGGUGCAGACAAUUCUAUGUUUGGAGUCAUAGAGAGAUCUAUAAAUUUGGAUAUAAUUCAAGCAACUGAGACUCACCUUCAUGCCUACUCAUCAUUGGGUCUUCGAACAUUGGUCAUCGGUAUGCGAGAGUUGAGUAGAGCUGAGUUUGAUGACUGGCAGUCUGCCUAUGAGAAAGCAAGCACAACACUGUUUGGGAGGGGAGGCUUACUACGAGCAGUUGCAGCUAAUGUAGAAUGUAAUCUCCACAUAUUGGGGGCCUCCGGAAUUGAAGAUAAACUGCAACAGGGUGUACCUGAAGCCAUAGAAUCUCUUAGACAAGCAGGGAUCAAGGUCUGGGUUUUGACAGGUGAUAAGCAAGAAACUGCCAUUUCCAUUGGCUAUUCUUGUAAGCUCCUAACAAGUGAAAUGACUCAGAUUGUUAUAAAUAGUCAUUCCAAGGAUUAUUGUCGAAAGAGUCUAGAAGAUGCGAUUGCCAUGACUGACAGACUAGCAGCAAUGUCUCUUGGGGCACAGAAUACUAUAACAGGCACUGAAUCUCAGAGGGUCCCUAUCGCUUUGAUCAUUGAUGGUACCAGCCUUGUGUAUAUUCUUGAAACUGAGCUGGAAGAAGAGUUAUUCAAAGUAGCUACAGCAUGCGAUGUUGUCUUAUGUUGCCGUGUGGCUCCACUCCAAAAAGCUGGGAUAGUUGCACUUAUAAAGAACCGAACAGAUGAUAUGACUCUUGCUAUUGGAGAUGGUGCAAAUGAUGUUUCAAUGAUCCAAAUGGCUGAUGUUGGGGUUGGCAUCAGUGGCCAAGAGGGACGACAAGCUGUCAUGGCCUCGGAUUUUGCCAUGGGACAGUUCCGAUUCUUAGUAACUCUUUUAUUGGUUCAUGGUCAUUGGAAUUACCAAAGGAUGGCCUACAUGAUCUUAUACAACUUUUACAGGAAUGCUGUAUUUGUCUUCAUGCUUUUCUGGUAUGUACUCUAUACAGCUUUCAGCUUGACGACUGCAAUAACUGAAUGGAGUAGUGUGUUGUAUUCCGUGAUCUAUACAGCUCUUCCUACCAUUGUCGUUGGAAUUCUGGACAAGGAUCUGAGUAGGAAGACACUGCUGAAGUACCCGCAGCUCUAUGGUUCUGGUCAAAGGGAAGAAAGAUACAACCUAAAGUUGUUCAUCCUAACUAUGAUGGACACUGUUUGGCAAAGUCUGGCUAUUUUCUUCAUCCCUUUUCUUGCAUACAGACACAGCACCAUCGAUGGAUCCAGCUUAGGAGACAUAUGGACACUUGCGGUAGUCAUUUUGGUAAACAUCCACUUGGCCUUGGAUGUGUUUCGGUGGAAUUGGAUCACACAUGCAUCUAUGUGGGGCUGUAUAGUUGCCACGGCCAUUUGUGUCAUCAUCAUAGACUCCAUACCAGUACUGCCGGGUUACUGGUCUAUCUAUCAUGUAAUGGGGACUGGAUUAUUUUGGUUGUUAUUACUCGGCAUUACGGUAGCAGGGAUGGUUCCUCGUUUUGCUAUGAAGGCUUUUACUGAGUAUUUCAUGCCCAGCGAUAUACAAAUUGCUAGAGAACUAGAGAAGUUUGGAAAUUUAAAUGAGGCUACUGCUUCAGAAAUUCCAAUGAGUACAUUCUCACAACCUCAGCAGGGGUUUAUAUGACAAUUUUUGUUUUUCUUGUUUUUUGCACUUGUGUGUAUAUUAUUCUUUCAGCUGUAAGUUGGAUAUCUUGCCAAUUGCAAGCUUUUUGCCAAUCCAAAGAGAUAGAUUUGUAAUCCCACAGUGUGUAUUAAUCUUUGAUUUUUUUGUUAAAUCAAAUGCAAAUUAGUGAUAUAUGGCAUACCUUGUCAAA